GGUAGACCCUUGCACUACUGUGCAAUAGUACCUCGGACUAGCGGAAUCUGCGUUGCAUUUUCGGAGCCAUGGCAUGCGUGGCGUGGGGGGCAAUCCACCCCCCUCAUUCCCUUUCGCCCCUCCCCAAACCCAUUUUUUCCAACAAAGUGGCUGCGUUAGAAGGCAUGAUCUCCGCGAAUGCCGCCUCUGCCUGCUGCUCAGGAACUCCUUAUCCGCUGCCCUCCUGUCGUGCUCCGCAAUUCGGGACGUUUGAAAGCCUCCCCUCCUAUAUUGCUCCGCCAAGCGCCUCGUUAAAAGUAGCUCCUGCCUGCUUCCCUUUGCGAGCUCUCUUCUCCUGCUACUACAGCUCAGCCCCCGAGCUGCGAUCACCCAGGGUAGCACUGGCUGCGUUUCCGUGGUGCUCAGAUUCUCUUUACUCGGCAUUUCUGGUCCAAUCAAUAGCGACUAUUGACGCGCGAGUGCGAGCAUUUAAUACGGAUACCUUCCUGCUCCUGGAUCCAAGUGGCGUUUUCAGGAACCAUUAUGGCCGUCCGUGAAAAUCUCCCUGAGAAAUUAAGAAGGUUCCUCAGAAGAAUGUUCUGCAUCAAAGACCCUGGAGAAAUACCUUUAAAGCCCGCACCGGCACCGGAACCCGCACCCGCACCCGCACCCGCACCCGCACCCGAACCCGAACUUGAAACCGCACCCGCACCCACCGGGGGCCUGGCUGCUGCAGAAGCAACAGACCAAUCGCCGUUCAGCAAGCCAGCGAGGGAGACCGUAGUGCUGCCAGCCGUGGCAGGGCAGCAUGCAGCCACCAUAGUGUGGCUGCAUGGGCUGGGCGACACUGGCUACGGGGUCUCCCGGUGGCUGGCUGCCAUGGCGGAUCCUGAAAACGGGGAAUCCCAACCAAGCAUCCCAUUUCUCGACCUCCCACAUAUCAAGUGGAUCUUCCCCAGCGCGCCUGUAGCACCUGUCACCAUCAACCGUGGCCGUCGCGCCCCCUCAUGGUACGACGUCUUUGGGUUCAACGCCGGUGCUCCUGUCGACGCCAAGGGCAUUGAUGCAGCUGCGAGAUAUGUGGCUGGGAUCCUGGAGGAGGAGAAGAAGGCGAAUCCGGGCCUUGAUGCGGCUGCAAGAUACGCUGGCUAUUGGAAGAGAAACGGGCCAGCCCAGACGUCACUUAUGCAGUCGGGGGAAUCAGCCAAGGGGGCGCCCUCUCCCUCUACCUCAUGUGCCGGAAAAUGCUGGGAAGGUUCGAGGAUGGUUCCGACGCCUCCUCGAUCCCCCUCUCCGCCUCUGUUGCCUUCAGCACCUGGCUGCCCAAGUGCAGUCUGACGCCAGCCCCGGGAGGCAGUGCUGCCGGGGCGAAGGCACCAGUGGCAGAGAGAGCAGCGAACCACCCGCUGCUCAUGACUCAUGGGGAAGUUGAUGUGUUGGUGGGCUACGACUGGGGAAGGGACGGUGUGAGGGAGUUGCAAGAAGCGGGUUUCUCCAAUCUGACGUUCCACUCUUAUCCCGAGUUGGGCCACGCCAUGUGCCCCCAGGAGAUGGCUGUUCUCAGAGCAUGGCUGCAGACACACCUCCCACCACCCGCUUGAGGAAGCAACUCCUCCCCGCUGCCCUUGGCUGGCGCCCCUCUCAUGUGCACGCCACUCCGUGCCGUGGGCGUCGCGCACCGUAUGUGCUGGAAGUGAGGGUGCUGCUGCAGAACAGAAGCACAUCUGAUAUCUCAUGAUAUCUUCACCCCCUGAAUCUCCAGUCUGCUGCGCCAAUCUCUGAGGUCUCAAGUUCCGCACCUGGAUUUUAUACAUCUUGUGCACUUAUUUCUCCUAGUUUUUCCCUUGAUAUUUAUACAAACUAAGAUCAUGCUUCCAUUCAGUGUAUU